AGUGAGAGUUAAUUUAGGGAGAAAGAAAAAACAAAGAGAAUAGAAAAAGAGCAAUAUACAUAAUACAUGUGUGGUUGACGUGUUCAUCCUCUGCAACGGCAACAGACUAAGUUGUUUCUCUCUCUAGCCCUAGGGUUUCGUUCUCUACUACCGUUCUUUCAUCAGAUCGCUGCCGUUUCCGGCGUCAUUCCGAUAAUUCGGCGGCAUGAAGCUAACAGUGAAGACUUUGAAAGGGAGCCAUUUCGAAAUCAGGGUUCAACCCUCCGAUACUGUUAUGGCUGUCAAGAAGAAUAUUGAAGAUGUACAAGGAAAAGAUAAUUACCCAUGUGGACAGCAAUUGUUGAUUCACAAUGGCAAGGUUUUGAAAGAUGAAACUACAUUAGUAGAGAAUAAAGUCUCUGAAGAUGGCUUUCUUGUUGUUAUGCUUAGUAAGAGUAAAACAUCAGGUUCUGCUGCAGCUUCAUCUGUUCAGCCUGCCAGUAAUCCUCCUACGACUGUAUCAACGUCAAAUUCCACCCCUCCUUCUGAUCCUCCAGUGCAAACUCAAGCUGCAAACAACAGUACAUCUAGCACAGAUGCCCCAACUACAAAUGUGUCUGCAGAUACCUAUGGUCUGGCUGCUUCGAAUUUAGUUGCUGGUAGUAAUCUUGAGCAGACUAUUCAACAAAUUAUGGACAUGGGUGGUGGCAAUUGGGACAGAGACACAGUUAGUCGUGCUCUUCGAGCAGCUUAUAAUAACCCAGAGCGUGCUAUAGAUUACUUGUAUUCUGGAAUCCCUGAAGCAGCAGAAGUUGCUGUGCCAGUUCCUCAAACAGCUGGGAUUUCUUCUGGAGCAGUUCCUGUAGGACCUAAUUCAUCUCCCUUAAAUAUGUUUCCACAGGAGACGAUUUCUAGCACUGGUGCUGGACUUGGAUCGCUAGACUUCCUUAGAAAUAACCCCCAGUUUCAAGCAUUGCGUUCAAUGGUGCAAUCCAAUCCACAAAUUCUACAGCCUGUGCUUCAGGAACUUGGUAAGCAGAAUCCUGGUCUUUUAAGACUGAUUCAAGAGCAUCAUGGGGAGUUUCUGCAGUUGAUAAAUGAACCUGUUGACGGUUCUGAAGGAGAUAUAUUUGAGCAGCCCGAGCAAGACAUGCCCCAUGCCAUCAAUGUGACUCCAGCGGAGCAGGAGGCAAUUGGAAGGCUCGAGGCUAUGGGAUUUGAUAGAGCCUCGGUGAUAGAGGCAUUUUUGGCAUGUGACCGUGAUGAGCAAUUGGCAGCCAACUAUUUAUUGGAGAAUGCUGGAGACUUUGAGGAUUAAAUGACUCUCGGAAGGAAAUAACUACUGAUUUCCUGGCGAAGCUUGGAGUUAGGAGCUCUCUCUCUCUAAGUUAUAGAUCCACUCCUCCCCCUUAUUUGCUUGCAGAUGCCAUUGGGGGGUAACUCUGCUGCUGCGGCUUUAGUUCUUUUUCAUUUUUAUGUGCCAAAAAAAGAGUCUCUAACUUACAUUACUUCCAUUGAUUCAUAGUUUUGUUUGGCCCUUUUUUCCUUAAUUUUUUUAAACUUUAAUGUGACUUGUUGGAUAAUAUAUGGAGUAGAGUUUGGAUUUA